CUUUUUUUCUUUUUUAUUUUUCCUUUCCUCCCGCUUACAAACACACACAUCCCAAGUUGUUGUUAGGCAAACAAAGUGAAAAGAUAUGAUUAAAAGAAGGUUUUAUAAGCUUGAACAUGGGGAUAAAGAUGCCCCUUCGGAUUCUUCAUCAUCUUCGGACUCUGAACUGGAUGCCGAAGCAUCUGUAGAUUCAGAAGAAGAAGAAGAAGAAGAUGAUCAGAAUGUGGGAGCUGAAUCGAGGAAAAAAGACCAGCCCUGCUCGUCGUCUUCUGGGUAUGAAAGCGAGGAUAGCUCAGCAAAUGAAGUUAAUCUUGAUUCUUCAGAUUCACCUACAAAUGAUGAUGGCAGUGAAGGGGAGAAUCACAAGGGAGAUGUUAAGGCCACACGUUCGUCGACUGAGAACCAUAUGAUAGACAUACAAAAUACCGAUGCUGAUAAUCAUGCAACGACAUCUGAUGGGCUAGACUGUGUCUUGAAAAGUAAAUCAGUUUUCAAGUGUAAGUUAUGCCCUAGAAUUGUCUGUUUAUCAGAGGAAACGUUAAAGGCUCAUCUUAAAUCCAAGAGGCAUGCUCGGUCUGAGAAACUGUUGAAGGAAGGAAGGCUUAAGAUGAUGCUAAAUAGCGAUGGAGAAAUAGAGGAAGCUGAUGGAGAAACUCACCAGGAGAGGCAUGCUUCAACUCUAGCUCUUGCAGAGUCGAUUAAAAAUGCAACAAAGGAUUCAAAGAAAAACAGAGGGAGGCAGAGACAAAGACAGAGAAAGAUAUCAAAGGAGAAAACAUCUGAUGUCAAAAGUACAAAAAAAUCAGCCAAGAAGAGGCGUAAAAGAGAUGUUUGAACAGUGGGUGAUCUUUUUAAUCUGCAGCAAGGAUAGUUCUACAGGAAAGAUAGAUGAUGAACAACAUUUUCCCCCACCAGCAUGUACACGAGUUAAAGCAUUACUUGAAAGUAUUAUUUGGUUUUACUAUGUAUUCAAAGUCACUUGAAAUGUUGGUUUUGUAGUUGAGUCCCUUCAGUUUUGCUAGUCGUAGUCUGAACCAUAAAUUUUGAAACGUUGUCAUUGUGUUUCAAUAGUAUCUGGAAGGUUUUCACAAGGAAA